GAAGUUUAUCUUUAGACCGUCCAUAAGCGGGGAAGCUAUGGCGUUGGACACUUCAACGGAGCUUCUUUUUCUAGAUACGUUUAAGCACCAGAGUGCAGAGUUAACCAACGUGGAUGUCGUGCGGUUUCCUUGCGGGGUCCUGAUCACAGAGGUGAGGGUCAUCCCUCCAGGGAUUAAAGCACACAGUAACUUACCUGACAGCAGAGCAUUUGGGGAAACGUCUCCUCAUGCCUUCCAGUUGGAGCUGUUCUUUAAUAAUGUCACCAAACCCAACAGCCCCACCUUCCACAGACUGGGCAGUUUGGAAUAUGACGAGAACAAGUCCAUUGUGUUCAGACCCAGUGGAAAGAUAAACACUGAUGGCCUGGUGUUGCGUGGCUGGUACACAAGUCUAACUUUGGCAGUUUAUGGCAGUGCAGAGCGUCCUCAUGGCCAUGAUCAAGCUUCACCUCCUCCCCCACCACCCCCACCACCCCAACAACAAAGCGGACUCAAAAGGAUCAUUAAACAGGAAUGGGAAAAAGAUGACCAGUACAAUGGCAGCCCACCCAGACCAGCACCCAGAGGGCCUCGUACUCCACCUGGACCUCCACCUCCAGAUGACGAUGAGGAGGAGCAGGUCCCAAUAUCAGUGGGUGUGAUCAAAGAUGAGCCAGGUGAGGGCCGUGACGACUACCUGGAAGCCGUGUCACCAGAAAGAUCGCUGCCUGCCGAUGAGACAUACUCGGAUGCUGAACAAGAGGAAGAAGGUGAGGAGGAGGAGGAAGAGGAGGAGCAGGAGGAGGAAGAAGAUGCAAGGACUGAGGGGAGCGCACAGGAAGAAGAUGAAGAAGAAGAGGAAGAAGAAGAUGAGGGUGAGGACGAGGAAGAGGAGAUGGAGGAAGGUGAUGACGGGUAUGAGCAGAUUUCCAGUGAUGAGGAUGACCUGGAUAAUGGUAGCUUCAAACUGCCCAGCUUUGACAUGGAGUACACUCCUGAGGAUCUUGCAUCUGUCCCACCUGUCCAGUAUGAUCCAUAUGAACGAGAACUCAGACCCCUGGUCUAUUUCACCCCUCCAUACAAGACCCGCUUUGACACCCAGUUUGAGAAGGCCAGUAUGGAAGAGCCCAGGGAUGCUGGUGGAACAGAAGGACCAGCUAGUGGAACAGAAGGGUCAACAGGUGGAGAGGAGGCCGAAGCUGUUGCUCACUUAAAAGAACUACUAAGUGGUAUUGGUGAAGACAGAGAUACCCGCUGGAUCACUGCUCUGGAAGAGGCACCUGGAUUACUUGCCAAAAGUUUGGUCUAUUUAAUGAAACAAGGACAGGGAGAGACGGAGGAUCCUGUUCGAAUUUUAGUUCAUUGGGCUCUCCAAGCUCUAAAAAUGGAAACUGCUCUUAUGCAACCCAUUGCACUUAACCUCAGACAAUUAAAAGCUGGUGCAAAGUUGGCAUCAUAUUUGGCGGAGAGUCCACAGGGUCUCAAAGUGUUGCUGCGUGAAGGGGCCCUGAGUGUGCUGCUAGAGUUGCUUCACGCAGACCACGUCUCCUCUACACUGAAGUUGAGCAUCCUGAGAGCUUUGGAUGGUCUUAUCAGCGCUCCUGCUGGGGUGAAGGCUUUCCUGCAUGCAGGAGAUUCAGAGAAGAGUGGCUAUCAGCGUCUAGUCCAGCUGUUCCUACAUGAAGAAACAGUCCGUGUCAUAACAGCUGGAAAUGCCAUAUUACAAAAAAGCCAUAUGUAUGAGGUACUUGCUGACCUACAACAUGCAGCGGCGACCUGGAGUGAACCACAGCAGGAGGAGAUGGAAGAUGCUGAGAGCCCUAUGGAAGAGGAAACAUCGCUGAGCACCUCCCCUGUGAGUGAGGCUGAGCUUGAUAGGCUUGCUGGAGUUUUGGAAGAGCUUCAUCACCUGCUGGAGACUGCCCCUCACUGCAUGGUGCAGCCCCCUGGAAAAGCCUUCCCCACUUCUUCUAGAAUAACAGGACCUCAGGAGAGGGACAACCCUUACCCAACGCUGUAUAGGUACAUGCAUGCGUGCCAUUUCCUGGAGAGCACAACAGUGGUUUUGUCAGCAGCUGCUGCAGCAGGCCAUCUUGGUGUCAUCCAAGCUGUAAAAGAGCUGUUACGCUUCCUGUCACUCACCCAGUCAGGUCUUCUCUUCCUUCUCGCCCAGCCCACACCAACCAACCUCAUGCUGCGUCUCCUGGCAUCAGUGGCAGAAUCUGAGGGCGAGGAGGGCACGUCAACAGGGGGAGAGGGAUGCCUCUCUGGGCCAGGAUUGGGGGAAGAGGGCUUUUGUGUGUGGCUAAUGCAGGCACUACAUGCUCUCCAGGGUGUGUCAGAACUCAUGAGCCAUGUGGCUACAGGAGGAGAGGGUGGUGCAGGGCUUGAAGAAGGUGACAGCCCAGACGUUCUGGGCAUGCUGCAUGCGCUUUAUCUCAUGACAUUCACGCAGACUGGUCGUAGUGCUGUGGCUCACGUUUUCAGCCUGAAGAACAACUUGUCCUGUCUGGUCACUCUGCUCCAGCACCACAGCAAAGAUGGGCAAGGUGAGGCCAAGGCUCGCAAAGCAGUGACAUACAACUAUGCCUGUAUGCUGGUUUUAACGGUGGUACAAACCUCGAAUGAACUGCGGAUGAUGGAACAAUAUGCUGCUCCAUUGCUCGCCAUAGCCAAGGCAGAUGACACCAAUGCCAAAUUGCAAGAACUCAAUAAAUGGUUGGAGCCUUUGGAUAAACUCCGCUUUGAGAUUGGCAGCAUUCCUACACUCAUUAAUUACAUCAAGCAGAACGUGGAGAACAUGUUGAGUGCAGAGGGAACUGGGCUGGUUACUGCUCUGAGGGUUCUCGGUCACAUCGCCUGUCAGCCUCCUGCUGUAGAGGGUCAGCAGAGGGAUCUGAAGUGGAGUCUUGCAGGUGUCCAGCUGUUCUCUGGGGAAGGUCUGGAUAUGUGUGUGCGUGUCCUGCAGAAGCUAUGCAGUGUAUUACUGCAACCAUGGCGUGUGCACGGACACAUGGGCCCAACGCCGCAACGCUGCAUGAUCCUCAGUAUAUGCAUCAGCACACUCAGGUUGCUACGCACCAUGCUGACAGAGCUGCUCUGUGGAGGGGCUUUCCAGUUCAGGGACACUCGCGUUGCCAAUGUGUUAGUGACGCUCCACAUGAUUGUGUGCUCCAUCCCUGCAUCAGGACGUCUAGAUGGAGAGGAGACCAGAGUGCAGGCACUUAUAGUUGAUGUGCUGCUUACCUUUACACAGGGCGUCAGUGAAGAGGUCACUCACACAGAAGAGACUCUGGCCAGUAACACUUGGUCACUGAUGUUAAAGGAGGUUUUAGGAUCACUGCUAAAAGCUCCUGAAGGUCUGUUCUCUGGCCUAACACUGCUUUCUGAGCUUCUGCCUCUUCCACUACCAAUGCAGAGCACUCAGGUGAUAUCAGUCCAAGAUGUUGCUAUAGCCUUAAACACAAGGAAGCUGUGGAGCAUGCACAUAAGGGCACAGUGGAAAGUGCUGUCAGAAGUAUUACAAUGUGUAUGUGCCACCAGCUGCUCUCCUUUCCUUGCCAUGCUGAGGAGAGUGUGUGUUCAGCUAGCAGACUUGUCUUCACCCACAGCAACACUUAUCAUGAAGACACUUCUGGAGCUGCUGCUGGAGGAGCUGCAGCCGGCAGAGGGGAAAAAUGUGAGCUGGGGCCAAGUGUUGCGUCUGCUAUCCUUGAAGGAUGCUCUGGUCUCGCAGAGGGCUUGUAAGAGCGCAACACUGCACCUGCUGUCAGGGUCCGUUUCUGGAGACGAACAGCUGGCAGAUCUGUUCCCCUUGCUUUUAUCUCUGCUUGUUCCGCCACCAGAUCACUCCUUGCAACAGCAACAGUGCAGUGUUCUAGUGGGAACAAUAUUACAAUCACUGUGUGACCAGGACAUAUCUCUUGUGGUGUCUCCAGCUGGUGAGACUUGUGUGUCAGAGGCUGAACAACUAGCUAAUGCACUCCCGGGACGAGAGAUGAUGUCAUCAGUGUGUAAUUCCUUGUUGGAAGUAUUAGGGAAUAAAGAGAGCAGCGUCCCUCUCCUACUCACCUGCAUCAGGACUUUGACAUUCCUUACAGAGCAUAACUAUGGACUCUACCACCUCAAAGUUGCUCUGAGGAAACAUGGCACAGGACUGUCAUCGUUGCUUAAAAGAUUGGUGGUUUCAUUCAACAAGGACUCAGCAGAUCUGCUCUCAGCUCUGCUUGAUUUCCUCAGGCAGGUUGUCAACACAGAAACAGUGUGUGUUGAGGAGGGUCAGGGGUCCAGCGAGGAGCCUACUUUUGUUCCUCCACGAUUGCUUUCAGGCUCUGACAUGAAAACUAUUCUCCAGUGGGAGGACUCUGAGUCACAUCCAUUACCUACUUUAGAGAAGCUAAUAACGAAACUGUGUAAAGAAGAUGAUUCCCUGGAAGCUAUGUUGGAGAAUGUGAUUGUUCUGAGGCAGACGCUGGAAGCAGCCACAGACAUGCCUUCUGCAGCUGACACUGAGCCCACUCUGCCAGCACCAGAGACAUUGGGGGCUCAGUUUAAUCACAGGACAGUGUUCAUUCUGUCUGAAGCGCUGGAUGACCAGCUGAAGGCUCUGUGGUUUUCUCCCUUCCAAACAGAUGACAUAGAAACAGAUCUUGAUUUGAUGAAAGUGGAUCUGGUGGGUUUAGCUCAAGAGUGCUGUCCAGAACUGGACCUAAAGGCAGAGCUGGAGCGCUCCUUCCUGUCUGAGCCAUCCUCACCUGGUCACACCAAGGCUCCUAAAGGUUUCCGUCUGGGCAAACACAAACACGAGACAUUCAUUACCUCAAGCGGUAAAUCUGACUAUGUUGAACCUGCUAAAAGAGCCCACAUUAUGCCUGCUCCUCGGGGUCGUGGAGGUCGUGGAGGAUUUGGACAGAAUGUCUCCCGUCCCCAUGACAUUUUCCGGCUGCGUAAACAAAACACUUCCCGUCCUCCCAGUAUGCAUGUGGAUGACUUUGUUGCAGCGGAGUUUAAAGACAUUACCACCCCUCUUGGACUUUUGCCCCCAAAACGUCCCCCAAAGAGCGCUCCCAAACCCCCUACCAGAGGAUUGUUUACUGGUAGAGGCAGAGCUACCUUCCACAGCCAGACACGCUUUUUUACUCCACCACAACCUAAAGGUGUUCUGCUGUCAGGGAACUACGCUAGAAGAGAGGGAGGUCGUGGCUCAUCGUGGAGUGGUCAAGUUCCAGCUAUCACUCACAGAGGAAACUACAGUGAACCCCGUGGAGGCCAGAGCAACUUCACAAGAGGACCUCUUCCUUCACGACAACUCCCAGCAAGUGCUUACCGGCUGGCUAUUAGGGAUCGAGCUCCACGGGGCAGAGGAGGCGCUGGGUUGUCAUGGCUUAGCGGAGGAGGAGGUGCUGGUGGUGCUGGUGGAGGAGGAGGUGGCGGAGGAGGAGGAAGAGGAUCUCAGGGCAAUAAAUUCAGUGGUGGGGGAGGUAGUGGCGGUGGAAGGGGCAGACAUGUGCGCUCCUUUACCAGGUAAAUUCACCUGGGCAAUGACUACAGCUUGUCAUGGCUACAGAUGGACUAAUUAGGAUGUUAUGUAUGCUGUCUCCAUGGAAACGUGGUGGUAUAAUAUUGUCACAAUGACUGUGUUGAUGUAUUGUUUUGUUAUGAGUCAUAAUCAGAGAAUAAAGGCAGUAGUAUUUGA